AUGCAAUGCAUACAGGUAUACCAAGUCGUCCGCGCGAUCAUCGACGAGCGCACACAAUACGGCGACCCCGACGCCACCUCCAGCAGUCUCUCUUUUGCCACAGUAUACGACGCCAUCAAAGCCUCAAAUUCUAGUCUGAACCGCAAACCAAAGAAAAUACUGGAAGACAGCAUCGAACGAGUUCUCGAGACGAUCCAACAAGAUGCGCAGGUCGAUUCUGAGGAGUUGGACAACGAGCUCACACAGGAGACCUCGCAAUCACAACAGCAGCCUCAACAGAGCUCACUUUCCAGCGGCCUGAACAGAAGCAUUGUGGGAGCAUGGGCAAGACCCUCCGGAACUUCUACACCAGACGCAUCGGCAUCGCCCAGAAGAGACCAGGAAAUAGUAGUGGGAAGAGAAAGGGGCAAUUUUGCCAUGGACUCUGAACCAGUUUCCUCCGGCACGAAACGCCGCUCGGCCAACAACGAGCCGUACCAAAAGCGCCGCAAACACACAACUGCUGCCUCCAAUCCGGCCAUUGACAAAUCUCCGCCGACUCACGUCUCGCUUGCCUCGAUGGGCGGCGUCGACGCCGUGAUCCAGCAGUUUGAAGACCUACUAGUCCUUCCCAUGACCAGGCCGGAGAUCUACACAUCCAGCAAGGUCCAACCUCCUCGGGGAGUCCUGCUCCACGGUCCACCAGGGUGCGGCAAGACGAUGAUCGCCAACGGAUUCGCAGCCGAGUUGGGUGUCAAUUUCAUCUCCAUUUCAGCGCCAAGCAUCGUUUCAGGGAUGUCGGGAGAGUCGGAGAAGGCGUUGCGCGACCAUUUCGAGGAGGCCAAAAGAGCGGCUCCGUGUCUGAUCUUCAUUGACGAAAUCGAUGCCAUCACGCCCAAGCGCGAAUCUGCGCAGCGGGAGAUGGAAAAGCGCAUAGUCGCGCAAUUGCUGACCUGCAUGGAUGACCUUGCACUGGAGAAGACGGAUGGGAAACCGGUGAUUGUGUUGGCUGCGACAAAUCGUCCGGACAGUCUCGAUACUGCCUUGAGAAGGGGUGGGCGCUUCGACAAGGAAAUCAAUAUGAGCGUACCAAACGAACCUGUGCGCGAACAGAUUUUGCGGGCCCUCACGAAGGAGACGAGCAUCGCACCUGACGUAGACUUCUCACUCCUUGCCACACGGACCCCCGGGUUCGUGGGCGCAGAUUUGAACGAUCUGGUCUCGACGGCCGGCGCGGCAGCUAUCAAACGAUACCUCGACACUCUGAAGGCCAACUCCGAAACAACUUCCAUGGACGUUGACCAGGCGGCGACAACGGUAUCACCUACAAUAGCCUCACUCCGUCGCCUGAUCAAGUAUACUCGCGAGAACCCUCCAGAGCCGAAUGACGAUGAUGCGACAAUAUCAAUCACCUUCAGCGACUUUAUGACUGCUCUUCCGCAAAUCCAACCUUCCGCCCUGAGAGAAGGUUUCGCCACGAUCCCUUCCACGACGUUCACCUCGAUUGGCGCACUGAAGAAUCAUAUCACGGAAUUGAAGACGGCCAUUAUCUAUCCCAUUCUGAAUCCGAAGGUAUAUACCACUUUUGGCAUCACCCCCUCUUCUGGCGUCCUGCUUUGGGGUCCGCCUGGCUGCGGGAAAACAUUGCUAGCCAAAGCAUGUGCAAACUCGAGUCACGCCAACUUCAUCAGUGUCAAGGGUCCCGAGUUGCUCAACAAAUAUGUCGGCGAGUCUGAACGUGCAGUCCGACAGGUCUUUAACCGUGCGAGAUCCAGCGUGCCUGUGGUCAUCUUCUUUGACGAACUCGAUGCCUUGGUGCCCCGACGCGACGGCACCAUGUCCGAGGCGAGUGCGCGGGUGGUAAACACUCUGCUGACGGAGCUAGAUGGCGUUGGCAAUAGUCGAGAAGGCAUAUAUGUCAUCGCGGCAACGAACCGGCCGGACAUCAUUGAUCCGGCGAUGCUGAGGCCCGGUCGCCUGGAGACAUUACUCUUCGUCGGACUUCCCACUGCCGAAGAGAGGGUGGAUAUUUUGCAAACUCUGUGCAAACGCUUGAACAACUUUGUUUUCGAUGAAUCCAUGGCCUCCAUCGCACGGUCUUGCGAGGGUUUCAGCGGUGCCGACCUGGAAUCAUUGCUGAGAAAGGCAGGUUAUGCGGCUAUUAGCCGUUGCGAAUCGCAGCUGGAUUCUUUGGAAACAGGCACGAUAGUCGCAGCAGACUUUGAAUUGGCCAGAGGCGAAGUCAGAAGAAGUGUUGGGAUUGACGACAUGAAGCGAUACGAGAUGCUGCAAAGGCAAUGGGGGAAAAGUUGA